CACUUCGUGGUCUUAUUUUGGUGACAGAUUUUGGGCGGAGUGAACCCUCUCGCUUUGCCUCUUUCUCUCGGAACGAACCGUUCUCAAAAUGGUGUAAAGAGGAAAAAACCACAACACGCCCAUUUUUGAAUGAACAAGUAAUCUGCAGUCAACAACCUGGCUUCGUCGUAGUGAAAGGACUGCGUGAAUACUUGUUUUCAAAUUUGCACUCCCAUCCCACUAAUUCACGGGGAUUAUAGCUAACACGCUAUCUAGGCAGCGCAGCUCCAGCUAACUAUGGAGCCCUCCGACCAACAGACAGGCCCAGACUCUGGCUCUCAGGAGGUCAACCCUGUGUACCUACAGCAGCUUCGAGAGCUGGACAUCCCAGAGGAGGCUGCCAAGCAGGCACUCUUGCACACCCGAAAUGUGUCUGCUGAGGAGGCUGCCAUGUACUACUUCAACAAGCUGGAGAAUGAGGAAGAAGGAGACGACGACCUCAUGUUCAAGAUGGUGUUUGUGGUGAACAUGGACCUGGCCAUGGGUGUGGGAAAGGUGGCUGCGCAGGUGGGCCAUGCGGCCGUAGGGCUUUACCAGGCCCUGCAGGAGAAGAACAGCUGGAGGGAGCUGGCCUGGAAGUGGGACCAUGGCGGGGCGAAGAAGGUGGUGUUGCAGGGGACCAACAUGGCUCACCUUUUGGAGCUGCAGGCCCUGGCAAUGAGCCUUAGCCUGCCCACGUAUCUAGUCCAGGACGCCGGACGCACCCAGGUGGAAGCUGGCUCGCGCACCAUCCUGGCCAUCGUUGGGGAAGAGGAUAUGGUGAACAACGUCACUGGAAGUCUGAAGCUGCUCUGAGGGACUUAACCGGCUGUGGAGGUGCAGGGCCAUGUACAGGGCCAUGUACUGCCACUGGGGCAACCAGCAGAGGGCAGCAUCCCCUAACAGCAAAAGGGUCUCAACAUGCAAGCGCAUAACAACAACGUAAUGAAACAAAAAACAGGAAAAAAGAAACAACCAGACAUGACCCAACCACCAAGUCGAACACACUCAGCCAUUUUUCUUCUUGUUUCCUGUCCGAUCCACUGACUGGAGAAGAGAUGUACACAGAGCUGCUUAGGUUGAGAGGAAGGGACUGGUUCCCCGAACUGACCAUGUUGAAGGCAGUUUGAACAACUUUUAGUGUCUACUUUGAUCUUUUUUUGAUUGUGGAGUUUUGCUAGUUAAGGGAAAGUCGAUUACUAUAUGAGAGCAUCAUAUCCAAUUUUUAUAAAGGUGUAAGUCCAUGACAAUCUUAAUUCCAUCUCCCAAUUUAAGAUAUGAUUUUAGCGUUUGAAAAAAAAUCAAGGAUAGAACCUUGUCUUUUGGUGAUUGUUAAAUACUGUUAUCAUAAAUUCAAGGAGCGAAAUAUGUAAUUGUAAUAUCCUUUUAGAUCCUUUAGGAUACUGCUUAGGAAGAGUGCUUUACUGAUACCUUUACUAUUUCUUUGAUGUAUAAAAUGAAGGUGUACAUGUAUACAUUCUCUCCCAAAGACCGUGUCCCUUAGAAUCUAUAACACUACAUACUGAUGUCAAAUGUCCAUCCAUUGCAUUUAUGUGCAUCUGCUUAGGCCAUAUAUAAUGUGGUGUGCCCAUUGAGAUAAAGGGCUCAUCUUUAUCUGUGCCAUUAUAGCACUUUGACAGCAUGGGUAGCGCCAUUGAGGCUAGAACCCAUAGGAAUCCCCACCCAGUUGACUACUUUGACUACUACCAAAUGGUGGAAACAUGGAAGCCCUCAAUGGUGCUGCCCAUGCUACAGGCUUUUGGCCGCUAGAAGUCUAUCAGUCGCUAUGGGUGUGCCAUCCUCCACGUUUCGCACAAUCACUGUUGGACUUUGUUACAUCAUUUUUGUGGUGUAUUUUAAAUUUUAUUUUUCUGUUCUUGCAAACAAAGCAAAAAAGGGGGUAAGGUUGACUUGAGGCUCAAUGAGGUAUAAUUCCUUGACUGGGGACUUGGUAGAAAUAACACUGUAUUUGGUGAAUAGGAUUUGAGUGCAAGGAACUCAUUGUAUGGGUCAAAAUAAGUGACAGUGCUGAUGCUUGCACAGUGCCUAAGCGCAUGUACUUUAGCUGACUAUUAUGGAUAAUAGUUUACACAAGUGAAAUAUUUGUGUAACUGCUUUGAGGGUAAAUGUGUUAGCACAGUAGCUAGCUAGCUAAAUGGUUGCGCAAUUAGUUUUUUACCAAACCGGUACAUACAUUUUAAGAUAGCGUAGCAAAGACAGGUUAACAUUUGUUAAGGACCGCUUAAAGAAUGAUUGAUUCUUGCACUUAGUCUUCAACAUUUGACUAACAGAUACCUAGGAUAUAUUGUAUGUUUCUGUUAAAACAGCUGUUAACAGCUGUUAAAACAGCUCUUUGUUCAUUACUAUAAAAUAAAUUGUAUUUUGUGGGCAUGAGAUUCCAUUUGGGACCAUAAAUGGCUCUGAAGUCUUAGGAAAUAUGGAAAAGGCUUAUAUGACAUGACUUGCAUCUAAACCGUUACUCAAAUGAAAUGUUUUUAUAUUAUUUGUGUUCGAGACCAUGCAAAACCCCAUGGCUGCAUCCAUGUUAAUGUGUUAGGGCUUUGAUACCUUCCUGUGUUACAAGCAUUUGUUCAUAUUAAAACCUAGGAGACAAUUAGAAAUGACUCCUGACCAAGUGAACUGAUUUAUUUUGUUUUAGUUACGUGAUCCGUAUAACACUUAUGUUUUAUGUGAACAUUUCUACCCCAACACAAUGUCAUAUGGCACACAAUUCCUUUGCCGUUUUGUUUAUUGUAUUAAAACUAUUAAUGUUGGAA